AUGCAAUUGGUGCUGGAGGAUCAAGACCUGUGGGGCGUUGUGAGCGGCAAGGUCAAGCUCAAGUACUGCACAAGUAAUUUGGACCAAGGGACCUACAAGCGCAAGUCUCGGAAGGCACUAGCGAUCAUCUGUCUGGCGAUGGAGGAUUCGCAGCUGCCACUGGUUCGAUCGGCGAAGGACGCGAAUAUGAUGCAUGGUCACGUCUAG